AUGUCAACGGCUCCCCCCGCCGCUGAGGCCAACGGUGCUGCCCCGGCUGCUGCUGCCCCCGAGACCGCCGGCGAUGCUGCCAACAACCAACCCCACUCGGCUUCCCUCUACGUCGGCGAGCUGGACCCUUCCGUGACCGAGGCCAUGCUGUACGAGCUCUUCUCCUCCAUCGGCCAGGUCGCCUCCAUCCGUGUCUGCCGCGACGCCGUCACCCGUCGCUCCCUCGGAUACGCCUACGUCAACUACAACAACACCGCUGAUGGUGAACGUGCUCUCGAGGACCUGAACUACACCCUCAUCAAGGGCAAGCCCUGCCGUAUCAUGUGGUCCCAGCGUGACCCCGCUCUGCGCAAGACUGGCCAGGGCAAUGUUUUCAUCAAGAACCUGGACAACGCCAUUGACAACAAGGCUCUCCACGACACCUUUGCUGCCUUCGGUAACAUUCUGUCCUGCAAGGUCGCCCAGGAUGAGUUCGCCAACUCCAAGGGCUACGGUUUCGUUCACUACGAGACUGCCGAGGCUGCCAAUAACGCCAUCAAGCACGUUAACGGCAUGCUUCUGAACGACAAGAAGGUCUUCGUCGGCCACCACAUCUCUAAGAAGGAUCGCCAGAGCAAGUUCGAGGAGAUGAAGGCCAACUACACCAACAUCUACGUUAAGAACCUUGACACCGAGAUCCCCGAUGAGGAGUUCCGCAUCAUGUUCGAGGCUUUCGGUGAGAUCACCUCCGCCACUCUCAGCCACGACCAGGAGGGCAAGAGCCGUGGCUUCGGUUUCGUCAACUACUCCACCCACGAGAGCGCGCAGGCCGCCGUCGAGGAGAUGAACGAGAAGGACAUUAAGGGCCAGAAGCUCUACGUUGGCCGUGCUCAGAAGAAGCACGAGCGUGAGGAGGAGCUGCGCAAGCAGUACGAGGCCGCUCGCCUCGAGAAGGCCUCCAAGUACCAGGGUGUCAACCUGUACGUCAAGAACUUGACUGACGAUGUCAAUGAUGACAAGCUCCGUGACCUCUUCGCCCCCUACGGCACUAUCACCUCCGCCAAGGUCAUGCGUGACUCCCUGACCGAGGGCUCUCCCUCUCCUGAGGAGAAGGAGGGUGAGACCUCUGAGGAGAAGACCGAGGAGAAGGCCGAGGAGAAGGAGGCUGAGGAGAAGAAGGAGGAGGAGGUUAAGGAGGAGAAGAAGGACGAGGAGAAGACUGAGGAGAAGCAGGAGGGCGAGGAGGCUGAGGAGGAGCAGGAGGGCGACAAGUCCGAGAAGAAGCUCCUUGGAAAGAGCAAGGGCUUCGGUUUCGUUUGCUUCAGCAGCCCCGACGAGGCCUCCAAGGCUGUCACCGAGAUGAACCAGCGCAUGGUCAACGGCAAGCCCCUCUAUGUUGCUCUUGCCCAGCGCAAGGAUGUCCGCCGCAGCCAGCUCGAGGCUAGCAUCCAGGCCCGCAACACUAUCCGCCAGCAGCAGGCCGCUGCCGCUGCCGGUAUGCCCCAGCCUUACAUGCAGCCCGCUGUCUUCUACGGCCCCGGUCAGCAAGGUUUCAUCCCCGGCGGUCAGCGCGGUGGUAUGCCCUUCCCUCCCCAGCCCGGUAUGGUCAUGGCUGGUAUGCCCGGUGGACGUCCCGGUCAGUACCCCGGUGGUUUCCCCCAGCAGGGUGGCCGUGGUAUGGGCCCCAACCAGCAGCUCCCCCCCAACUUCCAGGGUAUGCCCAUGGGCAUGCAAGUCCCCGGUGGUAUGCCUAACGGUAUGGGCUACCCCAUGCAGGGUCAGUUCGGCCGUGGUGCCGGUGGCCGUGGCCAAGUUCCUGGUAUGCCUAUGGGCCAGGGCAUGCGUGGCGGUCCCGGAUAUGGACGUGGUGGUCCUCAGGGCAUGGGCCGUGGCCAGGGCCGCGGUCAGCCCGCCCCCGCUGGUCAGCCCGGUCAGACCGAGUCUGCCUCCAGCAACCCCGCCAUCCUCGCCGCUCCCCCCCAGCAACAGAAGCAGAUGCUCGGUGAAGCUCUCUACCCCAAGAUCCAAGCUCAGCAGCCUGAGCUUGCCGGUAAGAUCACUGGUAUGCUUCUGGAGAUGGACAACGCUGAGUUGCUUGGCCUGCUUGAUGAUGAGGAUGCUCUCCGCGCCAAGGUUGACGAGGCCCUCAACGUCUAUGAUGAGUAUAUGAAGAACAAGGGUACCGAGGGUGAGGCUCCCGCCGAGCCCAAGCCCGAGGAGGCCGCUAAGGAGGCUUCCUCCGAGGAGAACAAGUCUUAA